AUGGACUCCCGCUCCCCAACCAAGCGCAAACGCGCCCUCUCAACAGCCUCAACCACCUACUCAGCAACACCCUCCUCCUCAACCAUCAUCAACCCCCUCUCCCACCCGCCCUCCACCCUCAAACAAUUUCUCCCAGCUGGCAACUCCCCCGACGCGCCCCUCCCCUCCUCCAUCUACCCGGACUUCCCCCACCGACCCCUUCCCUCCUCACCUACUUCAUCUCAUCCUCGCUCCCGCUCCCGCUCCCGCCGCAGCAGCUUCGCCAGCACCACCUUCAACUCCGACGCCGGCGACACCGACGCCGAAACAGACGGAUGGACAACUACAGCAACAGACGCCGACACCAUCUCCGUCACCAGCACGGGAAAACCCUACGCCAAGCGCGACCCUGUUCGUAGCACAGCCAAACUACAUAAAGCGCAUCAGUCGCGCGUUGGCGCACUGGUCGCUAUCAUCCAACGCUGCCUAGCCGAAGGGGACAUAGCGCUAGCGAGACGAGCGUUCGGCUUGCUGGUUCGGGCGGACGUAAAUGGUCGGAAGGUGGAUUUGCGGUUUGGUGGGUAUUGGGAGUUGGGAGCGGAGGUGUUGAUGAGGGUGGGGGAAAACCCGGGGAACCAGUUGCGGGGAGGAUCACAAGGCGGCUUAUUUGGGGAUGGGACGCAGAUGGAAGAGGAAGAGCGGGAGGGGGGGGUAUACGACGGGGAGGGACCAUCUGGGGAAGGGGAUGCAAAAGAGAGGAAGGAACGCAACCGAUUACUCCGCGCAGCACAAAAUCGGGAUCGGGUGCGGGCGUACUACGAGACGCUCAUCCAUUUACAUCCGUGGAGCAGGCUGCAUCCUAACAAGAUGGGCGCGGUGGACUUCUAUCCUGCGCUGUUUGGGUUUGAGAUGGAGGCUUGUUUUGCGGAACACCGGUACGGGGUGGAACAACUUGACAGACAACCUCUCAUUGAUUCUAUCAAUGACGACGACGACGAUGAUGAUUUACACAAGUUCGGAGGGGACGAUGAUGAUCACAUGCAAAUCGACCAGCAAGCAGCCCUCCACGAUCCCCUGAGGUCCUCACCACCAUCACCAUCAAUAUACUACCCACAAGGGAACAGAGGGAUGGACACCGACACCAUCCACCCUCUAUACCGCUCAGAAAUGGAAGAAGACGAACGGCAAAGCCGGCGACCGGAAGUAAGACUAAGAAAAGAGAAAGAAAAACUGAGAUUGAAGGCGUUGGAGCAAAUGAGGGACGUAGCGAGACGGAUGGAUGCCGUGUUGGAGAAUACCCCCUACAAUAAAGAUGUGGAGCUGGUGAGGUUGAGAGCCAUGGUGGCGCUUUAUGUGGGCGAUUUGAGCGUGCCUGUUACGGUCACUACUCAGGAGGUGGAAGGGGAGGAGCAAGGCAGUGGGAACUGGAGGAAGUCGCAUGAGGAGAGGAUGAAUGAGGAGGAGGGAAGGAGGGCGCAGGCUGCUGAGAGGGAUAGGGCGAGGGUAUUGUUUAUCAAGAUGAGGGAGUUGAGAGGGGGGGAGUUGGAGGAGGGGGAUGAGUGGAUUUUGGAGUUGAUUAGUGGUGGUGGUGGUGGUGGUGGUGGUGAUCAGGAGGAUGAGGAUGUGGAGGGGGAGGAGGAAGGGGGGGAUAGGGGGAGGAGUAGAGACACGUUUGCUUUGGCUAUGAGGUGA